CGCCCGGGCGCUCGCCGGGCGGCGCUGCCGACGCGGCGGGGGAGGAAUGGUGCAAGGGUGACGAGACUGGCGGGGGCGAGGGCGGUGGCGAAGGGGCCGCGGAUCUCAGCGACACAGACAUGUCGGACCAGGAGUUGGGUCAGAACCUGAUGUUCUGCCACCUCGUGCAGGAGCUGGAACGGGCCGCCCCUCGGAGCGAGGCGGACGAUGUCGAGGUGAUGGAGUGCCGAGUGCGCGGCACGGUGGAGAAGUUUGCUCCGAAGCGCGGCUUCGGCCUCAUUUCUGCGCCCGAUGGGGGAAGCCACGUCUUCGCUCACUGGACCCAGAUCUCCUCCAACGACGCCUGGCCGCGUCUCCCCGUCGGAGAGACGAUCGAGUACACCCCCGCUAUUGAGGACGGCAAGAUGGUUGCCAAACGGAUCACCGCCCCAGGCGGGGGGCCAAUCGAUACAGUCGAGGAGGUCGUGAAGACUCUGAGAGUCCUGAGUGACUUUUACGUAACGGGCACCGUGCAGUGGUUCACGAGAGCCGGCUAUGGGUUCAUCCAGCUCGACGCGGAGAUCGAGUGGCCGACGAAGUGCCCCGCCGGAGCGCAAAUCUACGUGUCUCGGGAAGACCUGGUGAUGGCAGAGGGCAGCGUGUGUGGCCUGCAGGAGGGCAUGCGCGUGCAGUUCAGAGUCUUCGACCCGCUGGACAAGCCUGUGGCGGCCGCAGAGGUGACCUCCAUCGGAGGCGCCCCCAUCGUCUGCCAGGCCCUGCCCCCCAAGGGCGCCUUUGCGACCACGCCCAGGGCCAGAAGUGGCGGCACGGGCGACCUGAUCGCCUCGACCAGGGGCCUGGGCGAGCGCCUGAUCUCGGGGCCGCGCCCCACGACGGGCGUCCAGAGGACCAUCCAGAAGCCGCCCGCGAGGCAGGCGGCGGGCCGGCAGACCGCUGCUGCUGGCGCGGGCGCCCGCGGGCCCCUCGGCCUGGGCAGCGGCGACGAGCUGGAGGAGGCUGCGAGACAGUGGCUGCAGGCAGCAGGCGGCCACGCGCCGCCCGCAGCUGGAGCGGGCGCGGACGCCCGCGGGGCCUCCGACGGGGGGGGCGGCGAGGCGCCGGCGGCACCCGCGGCAGCGGCGGUGCCUGGCGGCAGCGCGGACCUGGAGGAGUCUGCGAGGCAGUGGCUGCAGGAGCAGGCCGCCGUCCUCGACCCCGGCGCGGGGCACGCGCCAGCUGCGACCCCGUGCAAGUAUUUCCUCGCGGGCCGGUGCGCAAAGGGCGACGCGUGCCGCUUCCAGCACGCCGCGCCCACCGCGGCCGUGGCCGCGUCGGACGUGCUCAGCGCGGCGCUGGCCGCCGCGGGCGCCGCCGCGGACGGCUUCGCUGCGCCGGUCGGCACUGGGGUCACCCGCAGGAUCCCGUGCAGGUACUUCGCCACAGGCCGCUGCGCGAGGGGGGCCGCGUGCCAGUUCUCGCACGGCGAGGCCGCCGACGCGUGCCCGGUGCCCCUCUCGGAGAGGAUGGCGGAGGAGUGCGCCUACUUCAAGAGGGGGCAGUGCAUGCGCGGGGCGGCCUGCCUGUGGGCGCACGGGCCCGUGGAGCUCCUCGAGAUCCUCCUGGCGCGGGA